AUGGAUGCUGUGGUGCUUAAAAAGAAGGGCUACAGCCUCGGGGAUACUCUUGGAGAAGGCUCCUACGGCAAAGUGAAAGCUGCCUACAGCCACCGCCUGAAAUGCAGAGUGGCCAUCAAGAUCAUUGACAAGAAGAAAAUUUCUCAGAAYGUUCUGAAAAAAUUUCUCCCCAGGGAAAUGGAUGCUUUGAUACGCCUGCACCACCCCUCAAUCAUUGAGACAUACGAGAUUUUUGAGACAUCCUCUGGGAAAGUGUACAUCGUGAUGGAGCUGGGGGAAAAGGGGAGCCUCCUGAACUACCUCACCACCCAGGGUGCCAUGGAAGAGAGCAUCGCUCGCACCAAAUUCCAGCAGCUGGCUUCUGCCAUCAAGCACUGCCACGACUUGGACUUCGCCCACAGGGACCUCAAGUGUGACAACAUCCUCCUCGACAGCGAUCUCAACUUCAAGCUGUCAGACUUUGGCUUCUCAAAAUCCUUGUCUCGCGAUGGAAAYGGAAAAACCAUCCUCAGCAGCACCUUCUGCGGGUCUCUCGCGUACUCAGCCCCUGAGCUGCUCGAGCACAUUCCCUGUGACCCCAGGAUUUCGGACAUGUGGAGCCUGGGCAUUAUCCUGUACGCGAUGCUCCACGCUUCGCAGCCAUUCGACAGUUCCAAUGUCAAGGAAAUGAUCCAGGUUCAGAAACAGCAGAAGAUUCCCUUUCUCAAGUCAAAAAACAUCUCUGCAGARUGCAAGAACCUCAUCACCCACCUGCUCCAGCCUGAUGUGACUCGCAGGUUUCGCAUAGAUGAYGUUUUGAAACACCCCUGGUUGCAGUCUCCAAAAUGCGUGCGCUACACCAGCCCGCGAGUCGCGGGAGGAGGCGACCCCAAAGCCUCCGGGAGGACAAUCCUGAGCAGAACCAGGAUGCCAAGCACCUUCCUGCGCAAGUGCAAGGAGUGGAGGAAGAAAUCGGACCCUCUGAAGGAAAGUUCCAUUUAA